AUUUCUCGGUAUGGAAACGGAAAAUCAAGUUCGGUUCUUCGCAGUGUCUUCCCGCGCCUAGGGUUUCGGUAGCCCGACUGAAAAACCUUUCGUACAUGGCAGCUUCUUCGCUGUUUGCAUCGAUAUCUACGGGUGGGUGUUCCAAUUUUUUGCAUUCAAAGAGGACCAGCCCCUUCCCUUCAGUUCGUUUCUCAAUGGCUCCUGCGGUCUGUUAUUCAAAACAGAGGGAUCUCACAGCCAGCAGCAGCUUUGACUGCGAUGCAGUGAAUGAUUCCGCUGGCGAGCAGUCGGCUAGGGAAAACGAGCAGUUUGUGUCUUGGUUUCGGCAGGCCUGGCCGUACAUAAGGGGGCAUCGGGGGAGUACUUUUGUGGUUGUAAUUUCUGGGGAAAUUGUGGCAAGUCCUUAUUUGGAUAGUAUUCUCCAGGACAUUUCACUUCUUCAUGGUUUAGGGAUCAAAUUUGUACUUGUUCCUGGGACCCAACUCCAAAUUGAUAAACUUUUAGCUGAGAGAGGAAAUAAGGCCACGUAUGUUGGUCGGUACCGUAUAACAGAUUCUGAUUCAUUGGAGGCAGCAAUGGAGGCUGCUGGAAGAAUUCGCCUUACAAUAGAAGCAAAGCUUUCUCCUGGGCCACCCCUAUUAAAUCUUCGUCGACAUGGUGAUAACAGUCGUUGGCAUGAAGUGGGUGUCAGUGUUGCUAGUGGGAACUUUCUUGCAGCCAAGAGAAGAGGAGUUGUUGAAGGAAUUGAUUUUGGAGCGACUGGUGAAGUUAAAAGAAUAGAUGUCUCGCGAAUUCGAGAAAGGCUAGAUAGAGAUUGCAUUGUCAUUGUAAGCAAUCUUGGCUAUUCCAGUGCAGGAGAAGUUUUAAAUUGCAACACUUACGAAGUUGCAACCGCCUGUGCCUUAGCAAUUGAGGCUGAUAAGUUGAUCUGCAUUGUUGAUGGUCAGAUUCGUGAUGAUCAUGGAUGGCUAAUUCGUUUCAUGACUCUCCAAGAUGCUGAUAAGUUGAUCAGACAGCGAGCUAAGCAAAGUGAAAUAGCUGCAAAUUAUGUCAAAGUUGUGAGUGAAGAAAAUAUUAGCUGCGCUGGCUCCCUUGAUUCAACUAGAAUCUACUCUACUCCGCUGGAUGUGAAAGAUAAAACUAGGUACAGCGCAAAGUUUCUGAAUGGUGUUGGUUUUGAUGAUGGAAAUGGUCUGUGGCCCAUGGAGCAGGGAUUUGCAAUUGGAGGUGAAGAGCGAGUGAGUAGAUUGAAUGGCUAUUUAUCAGAAUUGGCUGCGGCGGCAUAUGUAUGCAGGGGUGGAGUUCAAAGAGUACAUGUAAUAGAUGGCACUCUUGGUGGCGCCUUGCUUUUGGAAUUAUUUACAAGGGAUGGAGUUGGGACUAUGGUGGCUAGUGAUGUCUACGAGGGAACUCGGACAGCUAGAGUGGAAGAUCUUCUUGGUAUACAGCAACUUCUUCAACCUUUGGAAGAAUCAGGAACACUGCUUCGGAGGACCAAUGAAGAGCUAUUAAAAAUAUUGGAAUCAGGUUCAUUUGUUGUUGUAGAGCGAGAUGGCUCAAUUAUAGCCUGUGCUGCACUUUUCCCUUUUUUCAAGGAGAAAUGUGGUGAGAUUGCUGCCAUUGCUGUAUCUCCAGAAUGCCGAGGGAACGGACAAGGGGACAGACUACUUGAUUAUGUUGAGAAAAAGGCAUCUUCUCUUGGGCUAGAGAAACUUUUCCUGUUGACUACCCGUACUGCUGACUGGUUUGUGAGGCGUGGUUUCCGUGCUUGUUUCUUCGAAUCCAUUCCAGAAGAAAGGAGAAAAAAUAUAAAUCUCUCAAGAGGAUCUAAAUAUUAUCUGAAAUAUCUGCAGCAUGAUGUUGGUGGAAUUUCUAUUAAUAAUUCUAUUUACCGUUACCAAUAAGCUUAUUGAUUGAAUUCUUUUUGUUAUCUGCACAUGCAGAAACUAUUAAUCUGCUUGUAGAUUCGAUCAUAAAUUGUUGGCUUGGUUGUUCUCCGAGUAGUUUGUAUCAAUCUUCUAGGAUAGCUUUUAUUGGAUUUUUGUCAAUAAAAAGUAUAUAAUUUUUA